UGUCUAAGCAAAUAUCAGAUGUAUCGAAUGGUAGCAAUGGAUGAGUAUGCGGGGAUAGAAUACGUCAAAGUGGCUAGUAAGAUGUAUACUAGCAGGUGGAAGGCAGAAUUGGGUGCCGGUAGAGGACGAAGUGUAAUGCUUGAACCUGGUUUCGGGGUUAAGGUACAAACAAACGAACCCCCUCAGUCUCUUGUAGCCCCAUUCGGUGCCCCCUUUGAAAACCUCGUCAUUCGGGAAAUGUUUGUGGUUGUAGUACCCGUGUUGCACAUGUACUUCACACUUCCACCGCACACACGUUGGUAUUGUGUUGCAUUAUCCAUGAAGGAUAAGCGGAUUUGGGUCCUUGAUCCUACAUCAGACGAGCCUUUGUCUGAGCACGGUCGUCUGAUUAGCCACAUGUUGAAGUACUUGGACACCCUGUUUUACUCUAAAGACGAGUCAUGGGUAAAGGAUGGACUGAGUGGAGGGGGGGUUGACCUUGUUUCUGUCCCACCAAGCGAUGAUGUGUCAAGUUGUGUUGUAAUGCUAGCAUGGAUAAAGGACAUAGUCCAACGCAACAAAAUUUCUCCCACAUUCCAACCGGGUGCAAUAGAGGAUGCAAGGGUAUCACUUGCUGUUGAUGACAUCUUGUGCGAGUUGAAUGUGAGGAGACCUGAGGUGUACGACCUUAUUUCUGGGAGGCAAGUCCGUGUGUAGACCGUGUUUACGUGCUUGAACUUAAGUUUUUGGAUGUAUUUUGGA